GAUUAUAGGUUCAUUCCAACCAGCAGUAAUUUCCAGUAAUAUUACCGUCAGGCAUGCGCAUUCGUACAAUGUCGUUCCAACCGGCCAAAAUUACAAAUUCAGAACUUGUGAUUAUCGUCAGUUCGUCGUUCCAACCGGAAUUAUCGAUGGUAAAAUUACGGUUCAAACGAUUCUGCCUUGAGAGCAAGAACUGUUGGUUCUAAAAUUAGAGGCAUGCGCAGUAAGGUCGAAAUAGCGGUCAGCUGGGUAGUAUAGUAUAAACUAGGUUAGGGAGUUGUUUUUGUUUAUCUUUUUUGUUUGGAAAAAUUUAAGAACGACUUUCUCUAUUUAUUUAAAGUAUUUAAAAAUUACAAAUAUGAAUAUGGAAGGCAUGGAAGAAUUCGUUAUUGUGGUAGAAAAUGAAAAUAAUCCGCCUUCUACUACUACUUCUGCUGCUGCAUCUGCUGUAGAGCUUUUUUUUUGGACCAACAACAAUACAAGGCUCUUAAUCGACUUGUACAAAAAAUAUAAAAGCAAAGUGGGAACAAUGGGGAUGAAGAAUUUUAAAACUAUGUGGGAGAAAAUAGCAAAUGAGAUUUCAGAAAUAUUGCAGAAAACAGUAACAUCCAAAAAUGUUGAAAACAGGUGGAAAGUACUUGACCGCAAUUUCAAAAAAUAUGUUGACAAUAAAAAUUCAACAGGACGUGGUAGAAAGUUCUUUGAGUUUGCGUCGGAAAUGGAAGAAGCUUGUGGUAACAAAAAGAAUAUAAGGCCAGAAAUUUUACUAGCAAAUGAAAUUCACAUGCCAAAGCAAGAAAAUGUUGAGCAAGGCCAAGGCCAAGAAACUGCUGAAACACCAAAAAAAGUGAUAAGAAGGAAGACCAGGAAAACAGUACUACAGCAGAUCCGAGAGGACCGGCUUUCUUACCAAGAAAACAGAAAUCGGUUUCUUCAACAGGUUCAUCAAGACCAAUUAAGUUUGCUUCGUGAACGAAAUGAAAUUGAGAGAGAGAGAAAUGAAAUUGAAAAAGAGAGAAACAAUAUUCUUUUAACAAAAAAGUGCAAUUGUCAUAUAUAUGAAACCCUAUAGGGAGUAUUGAUUUAUUUAUUUGUUUUUCUUUAAUUACAUAAGUUAAGAGUU